AUGAAUGUUUUGAAUGUUCAAUUGAGCUUCCCUAGGAAGAGGGAAAGUUGUACCGAUUGCGGUGGUCAGGUGUGGAAAAUACGGAAAGAGAUGGGUUUCUUGGGGGAAGAAACAUGUGUGGACUGCGGUGAAUUGGCAGUGACAUGUCAGCACUGGCUUCAUCUGUACACGUACCUCGAGCCUCUUACUCUGAUGCCCUUGUCCAACCAUGGGGUACAGAGUACAUCUCUCCGUUUCCACCUUGAGCAACAUUAUCCACUGGAAAUACAUUCCGACUUUUUGGAGACACCACGGUCUGAAACACCCCAAUCGCCCUCAGCGACUCUUAGAAACAAGAUUGGAUACAUAUGCCAAUUUGCUCCCGUGUGGAGUUCAACAAGAGCAUCACAUGCUUCGAUGUACUCGAGACUACAAGGCAAGACCAACCCCAAUUCCCAAGUUGUAACUCAAAUAAAUCAGUUACAUACAACGCCUUUAGUAUCCAUGCACCUUCCACCGGAAAUUUGUCAGCAGCAACAAUAUUCACAUCAGCAACUGCAGCAGGCGCAACAUCAUGAGCAACAGCAGACACAACAGCAAAAACACAAACAGCAGAAACCUCAAUCUCUGCAAAGGAAGCUGCAACAACUUCCCGUCAACAAACCGACAACAGCUUCACCAGAAACACCACAAGAAGCAAAAACACCAGAUGAGACUCAAACAAAACCAACAGCAGCACCAACAGCAUCUGUUGUGCCGAAAGCAGUUGCACCACCAACACCAAAAGAGACAGGAUCAACUGGUAAAGCAGCUGCAACAGCAGCACCAACAUCACCUGCAGUACCAGAAGCAGUUGCACCAGCAGCAGCAGUAGCAGUAGUUGCAGCAGCAACACCAACACCAACAGCAUAUGUUGUGCCGAAAGCAGUUGCACCACAAGCAGUUGCACCACCAGCAGCAAAAGAGACAGGAUUAAUUGGUAAAGCAGCUGCAACAGCAGCACCAACAUCACCUGCAGUACCAGAAGCAGUUGCACCAGCAGCAGCAGUAGCAGUAGUUGCAGCAGCAACACCAACACCAACAGAAUAUGUUGUGCCAAAAGCAGUUGCACCAGCAACAGCAAAAGAGACAGGAUCAACUGGUAAAGCAGCUGCAACAGCAGCACCAACAUCACCUGCUGUACCAAAAGCAGUUGCACCAGCAGCAGCAGUAGCAGUAGUUGCAGCAGCAACACCAACACCAACAGCAUAUGUUGUGCCAAAAGCAGUUGCACCAGCAACAGCAAAAGAGACAGGGUCAACUGGUAAAGCAGCAGCAACAGCAGCUUCCGCUCUGUAUGUUGUAGCAUCACCAUGCCAACAACAAUCGACAACCAAAUGCAAGACAACCACAGCACAAAGGUCAGAUUUUCAAUUAGGACCAAAAAGAUCUACGGUAGAGAUACAAAAAAAACAACCAUCUGCAGCAGCAUUGCCAGCAGGAGCAGCAGCAGCCACAACAACAUCGUCAAAAGGAACUUCUUCUGCAGUUCAACAACAAUCAGAGCACACAUCACCAAAGCAGCCCAAACAACGGUUCAGUCCUGUGACCCAAGCUUUGGAUGAUUACCUGCAAGGAAUCAAUAUUCCUUCGAUUGAGCAGUCCGAUCUUGAGCAUCCUCCUCAGGGUCAGGUUGAACUUGGGCAAGGUGCUUCUGGAGGUGACUUGAUGAUGCUUUAUAACAAUGAACACGUGGCUGUUAAAUGUGUACCUACUGGGGAUAAAGACACUGUGGAUAGAGAAGUUCGGAUCCUAUCUGUUCUCUCUGAACACGAUAGUUUCCCAAAUUUACAUGGAACUAUAGAUUGUGGUCAGUUUAGGGCAGUUGCCAUGCAAUUCAUUGGCGAUGAAGCAUCAGCUACUUGUCUGACAUUAGGUGAGGCUCUUAACGGGUCUAGAAGUUUGACCUUAGACCCGGCCGAUUGGAGAUCCAUUGCCAUGAACGUGGUUGAUGGAAUCAAACACAUGCACUCUGAGGGGCUGCUACACAAUGACAUCAAGAUGGACAACAUAUUGAUGUCCUAUGACACCCCGACACAUCGCUGGCGUGCAUAUGUGAUUGAUGUAGGUGUGGCUACAACAACAAUUACCCCAAGAAACUAUGUUCUAACAAGUGAAAAAAAGGAAAAAUAUCGCCGGUUUCAUGGCCAUAUCGCUCCUGAAAUGGUCGAUAAUGCAGAGCACCAGUCGACCCAAAGUGAUAUUUUUCAACUCGGCUACGUUCUUAAUAGCAUCGGCCAGUUUGGAGCAGUUCCCUUUUUAGAGCAACUUGGUGAUAAAUGCAAAUCACGAGAUCCUUCGGAACGACCCGAGAUGACUCAUAUAAAGUAUUGCAUUCAAAACAACACAUUCAUGUAG